CACGAAUACCUAGGGUCGAGGGAUCGCCCUAUGGAUGAUUCGUACACUUGCAAGGUCUGCGACCACGUCUCUCUCGAUCUUCUGAAGUACUUCCACCACACCCUCACCAGCCACAAAUCUUUCAUAUGCCACCAGUGCGGAAGGUGCUUCACCACAAAGAGCUCCCUCUUGCGACACAGACCCAUCCACACGGGCCUGAGAAGAUUUGCCUGCAGCAUCUGCCAGAAAGCAUUCUACAGAAAGGAUAAGUGCAAGGCUCAUAUUAAGAAGCAU